ACCUUAUAUGCGGUACACGAUAACCGGAUAGCCUGCCUGAUGAUAAGUUUUUGAAAUCGCGAGGAUUAGGGUUAGGUUUAUAUUUUUAAAUAUAUUUUAGUAAUAAAAGUUGCAAACUUUUAAUGUUUAAUCUAUAAGUAAAUAAAUCAUUCAAUGUGUAUUCGCACUAUAAAUAAAUAAGCUUUUCAUCGUUAAAUAUCGAAUAAACCUAAUGUUAAAUACAAGUUAACUUAGUUUAAGAAGUGUUUCACGUUAUCACGUAAAUAUAUAAAAUACUCAAAUGUUGUUUUUAAGAACAUAUCGCCUUGUGAGUAAAGCUCAGAGUUGGGGUCAUUGUACAAAGUUCUUUUCCCAACAAAGUUCUUCAAGAAUAUUCAAUGUAGUACUGGUUAAUUCCAACAGACAAUGUGCAACCAAUACUUGUUGGUCCAAAAUAACAAAUUCUCCAUCAAAUAUUAGAGUUUUCCCAUACAUACAGUCGGCAUGCUAUAGUACACAAAAAGAUGCACAAAAUCACAAUAAUACUGAAAAAGUCACUGAUGGUUUUGAUGAAGAAGCUGAGCGUAAUCAACAAAAUCAAAGAUCCUGGAAGAUGAUGAAGUACAGCUUCAUAUUUUUUGGUGUAUCAAUGACUCUUGCUGGUUCAAUGUUGAUUUAUGAUAUCAGUAAACCUAAGUAUGACGAGGAUGGAAAUGUUAUUGAAGAUGAAUUUAGUCACAUGCCUUUCAUUUUUCAACUGUACAAUAGGGUGAAAAAGGAAUUUUCCUACUACAAAAAGUUGGUGCAAGAACCAAGCAGAGACAAACUUCUUCCAGAUCCAUUACAACAUCCAUACAUUCAGCCACCUUACACAGUGAUAUUUGAAAUGACAGAUGUUCUAGUACACCCUGAUUGGACGUAUCAAACUGGAUGGCGGUUCAAAAAACGACCUGGUAUUGACCAUUUCUUAGAAGCAAUUGCUCCACCACAAUUUGAAACAGUUGUAUAUACUGCUGAACAGGGCAUGACGGUAUUUCCAAUAUUAGAUGCCCUUGAUCCUCAAGGCUACAUAAUGUAUCGACUUGUGCGAGAUGCUACCCGAUUUGUUGAUGGACACCAUAUAAAAGAUCUUGAUGCACUUAACAGAGAUCUCAGUAAAGUUAUUGUAAUUGACUGGAAUCCAGACAGCGUCAAAUUCCACCGAGAAAAUUUGUUGAAAAUACCUCGAUGGACCGGUAACGAUAACGAUACAACAUUGUACGAUUUAGCCGCCUUCCUUAAGACAAUUUACGCGACGAACGUAGAAGAUGUGAGAGAAGUUUUAAAUUAUUACCGACAAUUUGAUAAUCCCUUAGAAACGUUCCGAGAAAACCAAAGAAAACUACUUUCACAGUUGGAAAUAGAGGAGAGCAAACUACAAAAAGAAGAGCAUAAAAAAUUGACGUCGAAAUGGCAACCGUCUUUCCUUCGUAACUAUUAGUAUAGUACAAAUAAAUUUAAUUUAAAAAAAUUGUUAUCUUUUAUUUUUUUAAUAAGACAUUUUUCGGUCGUACAGCGUGACUUAAAACUUCACCAAUCGCUAAUUCACAUGUGGUUGCAUAAUCAUGGAUUCAUCUUUUAUUAAGCUCCUUCGAAAAAAAGUUCAAAUAACAAUAUAAAAUGUGCCAUCUCAUUAAAAUAAUGGAUUUAUCAAUUAA